CUCACCUUAACGACGUAAAAAUCAGCGAAAAAAAAUUGUCAAAAUUCAAAGUAUUGACACUGAAAGCCGAUAAACAAUACAAGGAAAUAGAGCCUGAAAGUGCCGGAUUUUAAAUGAAAAAAAUUCUAAAAACGCCAAACAAUCUAGUUAGGCGCGUUUGGUCCAGAAGCUCCCACGGAUCGCAUGGUGAUCAGAAAGAGAAACCGUCGAACUUCAUGUCUGAAGAACAACAACUAGCUGUUGAAAUUAAGGCUCUGAAGGAACAAAUUGAGAACCUCAAGGCGGCAAUCAGCGCCCUUCAAGGGGAUACGGAAAAAAAGGAGGUGGCCAUAGCAAAAAUCGCCAGAGAGAAAGAAAAAAUCACAAUGGAACUGCUGAAGCAGCAAAGAUCCAACAAGAACCUGCUCCAGCAGCUGGAAGAUGAGCGCAAAUUUUACUACCAAGAGAAAGAAACUUAUUGCCAGGAAAUGAACCAAUUCAAGAAGCUGAAACAGGCGCUGAGCGGCACUUCGAUGGCGAGCAAAAGCGAGCCAUCAGUGGAACAGUACAAGAAGGAGAUGGCCAAAGUGAAGCACACCUUAAACCAGACCUUGGAGGCCAACUACAACUUAAGCAUCAAGUUCUUGAGGAUGAAGAACACGAAAACCUGCCUGAAGACUGAGCUGAAAACCAUGCAACUGGAGCACGAAAAGUUGCUUAACGACUACAAGACGAAGAUCCACAACCUUUCCCAAGAACUGGACGAUCUCAUCCAGGAAAGACUUUCCACGCCGAUUUCCUGCAGCAGCAAAAAAUACCUACACCUAGUUAAGCAAAACAGUUGCCUGGUGUAUGAGAACCUCUGCCUCCAACUGGAAGUGGACAAUUUGCACCUGAAGUUCGAAAAGCUCAGGCUGAACAAAACGCGAAGCGAAACCAACAACAGACUGAAGUAUAUCAAGCAUGAAACAUCCAGGAGCAAAAGCGCCAGCAAGCAGCAGAAGAAAGUGCGCAUCAAAGAAGAACGUCCAGAAAAGCUGGAGCGGGACAUUUCCAACCUUCCAUCCACCAGCCAUGCUCAUGAACAAAUCCAGAAAAUCUUCGAGCGACACCAACUCCCAGGCAUUCCAGAUAUCAAAAUUAUCGACUCAAAAUCCCACAUUUCAAGCGUUCAGCCGCAGAAAGUUGCCGGGUAUCUUCAAAGGGAUCUUAGGAAAACUUCCGAAAAGCCCAACUCCAGAUUGGCACUGUUCCAAAUCUCCAGCAGCUCUUCAAAGACGUCGACCAAUCACACUUUGGUGCGGGUUCGGUCGUCUCCAGAAAUCGCUCCCAAUGGUUCAAAGUACAAUAUUCACUGAUACGAUUCUUUCAUUCAUUAUAAGCAUGUUAAGGAUAAAUAAAUUAAGUUACAAAGUU